UCAUCCUGACCCUUAAGAACAAAAUCCAAAUAUGAAAGAUCCUUAUGCAAUUCAUUUUCCUGAUGAUGAUCUUGAUGAUAAUUUUGAGAGUGACUCUUUUAAAAAUGACUAACCACCAUAUAGAGGUAUAUUUAGAAAAAUAAUAUAGGACCUGAUCUAUAUGGAUAGCCCUUGAAAAAACCUGGUAGCGGCUUUGAUUUCGAUAUUGAUGAUAUUGAGAAACCUGGAGAUGUGCUAUAACCUGGCGAUGAAGGAGAGGAGAUUGAUUAGAUUCUUAUAACCCCAGAAAUUUUGCCCUAAAUAAAUAAGUUUACUAAAGGAACAAAAUAUGGAAAAAGUAUGCAAAUUAAAAUUUAAGAAUUUAAUUCUUUUGAUUUUGUAAUUUAAUUAUUUGAAGAUUUUAUCAUUUAAGAUGAGGCUUACUUUUUAGAUUUUGAUGAAACAGGAUAGGCAUUUUUCAUUUUUGAAAAAAUUAUUAAUAAAGAAGAAGCUUAAGAUGAGAUAACAUAAUUAGAUUAGUAUAUAUAGGAGAAAUUUUUUGAAAGAACUGGAAGACAAAACUAUGGUGAAUAAAGAAACUUCUUCCCAUUUGAAGAUAACCCAUAUUCGUUUUAUUUAGUUGAAAAGGAUCCCCUUUAAAAAUAAUUAAUAUUAUAUUACGAUGAAUAGCCAAAAGAUGAUUAAACGGGGGAGGAAUUUCUAGACUUUUUGAGCAUAUUCCAAUAGCUUUUCUCAUGUGAUGAUUUUGAAGUUUCUCAAGUGGUUCUUCCACUUUAAUCAAAAAAAAAACUUGAUUCAUUUGGAGCAGAUGGCAAAUAUAUUAAGUACAUGAUGACAGUUUUUACACUGAUUUACGAGCAAUAAACUCUUUAGACUGACAUAAUUAUUAAUGAUGACACAAUUGCAAGAGCAUUUUGGGCUUUACAUUAAAAUACUGAAUUAUACUAACUAAUGCAAGAUAAUGAGGAUGAUGUUAGAACUACCUUUAUUGACAUAUUAGAUUAGGCACAAAAGAAUGAUAAAACUGUGUCAAUUACACCUAUAGAGGAGUUAUACUCAAAAGAAGGACUUCAAAAUUUAUAAUAUGUAAAUAUUAUACAUUAGUUUUUAGCAAGUUUAACAGUUUUAUGAAAACUUCCUAUCUAAUAAGAUUAUAAAAUAAGCCUUUUUGUCAAUAGAUAUUGUGAUUUAAGAAUAAUAAUAAAAGUAUUGUAUGUAUGUUCAUCUACAGAAAGUAGCACAACUUAAUUUUCUAAAGGUACAUUUCAUUAAAUUUAUUUAGAUAUUUACGCUAUAAAACUAUGGAGAAUUCAAUUCAUAAAUUCUUAACUUUUUAUUGUAUGAUGAUGGCUUAUUUACAUAAAAGCUUUACAUCGAUUUCUCAAGACAUAACUUCUUUUAAGAAUAUAGCGAAGUUACACUUGGAGCAUUUUACUAUCUUGUAGUUAAGAAAAAUUUAAAACCCGAAGAAGCUAUGGCUAAUUUAGUAUUUUCACUAGUUCCAUAUAAUCUAAUUUUAACUUAAUAAGAUUGA